UGGUGUCCACAAAAGGGAGAGGGCUGCUCACCAUUCAGAAUAAGUCUUUCCCUACUGCAAGCUGUUGUUUUUUUUUUAAUUAAGAUCUGACUCAUGGUGCAUUUCAAACACAAUGCCGUUCACACUCGCCUUGCCAAGGGUACAGCAACUGUGUAAAGUGAGGCUCUGCCGUAUCAUAGUGUAAGGCCCUCGGCCACGCCCUGGGCUCCAGGCUCUGCCAGCCCAGCUGUCCCGGCCCAAACAGGUGGUGUAAAACAAUAGCUCCGCAGCCGAGGGCCGGCCAGACCCUCCAGCCGCCAAGCGUCCAGCCAGACUCCUGCAAGCAGCACGGUCGCCAGCGCCACCGGCCCGGCCAGUGCCCACACUCAUGGAGCCCCGGCCGCUCCUCCUGCUCCUCGGCCUCUGCUCAGCUGGCCUGGUCCUGGGAUCUGAGCACGAGACCCGUCUGGUGGCAAAGCUAUUUGAACAAUAUAACAAAGUGGUGCGGCCAGUGGAGGACCACCGCCAGGCCGUGGAGGUCACCGUGGGCCUGCAGCUGAUACAGCUCAUCAACGUGGAUGAAGUCAAUCAGAUCGUGACAACCAAUGUUCGACUCAAACAGCAAUGGGUGGAUUGCAACCUAAAAUGGAAUCCAGACGACUAUGGCGGCGUGAAAAAGAUUCACAUUCCCUCCGAAAAGAUCUGGCGCCCAGACUUGGUUCUCUAUAACAAUGCAGAUGGUGACUUUGCCAUCGUCAAGUUCACCAAAGUGCUCCUGGACUACACCGGCCACGUCACGUGGACACCCCCGGCCAUCUUCAAAAGCUACUGUGAGAUCAUCGUCACCCACUUUCCCUUUGAUGAGCAGAACUGCAGCAUGAAGCUGGGCACCUGGACCUACGAUGGCUCCGUGGUGGCCAUCAACCCGGAAAGCGACAAGCCAGACCUGAGCAACUUCAUGGAGAGCGGCGAGUGGGUGAUCAAGGAGUCCCGGGGCUGGAAGCACUGGGUGUUCUACGCCUGCUGCCCCUCCACCCCCUACCUGGACAUCACCUACCACUUCGUCAUGCAGCGCCUGCCCCUCUACUUCAUCGUCAACGUCAUCAUUCCCUGCCUGCUCUUCUCCUUCCUGACUGGCCUGGUGUUCUACCUGCCCACAGACUCAGGAGAGAAGAUGACCCUGAGCAUCUCUGUGCUGCUGUCCCUCACCGUGUUCCUGCUGGUCAUCGUGGAGCUGAUCCCCUCCACCUCCAGCGCGGUGCCCUUGAUCGGGAAAUACAUGCUCUUCACCAUGGUGUUCGUCAUCGCAUCCAUCAUCAUCACCGUCAUCGUCAUCAACACGCACCACCGCUCCCCCAGCACCCACGUCAUGCCCGACUGGGUGCGGAAGGUUUUUAUCGACACCAUCCCAAAUAUCAUGUUCUUCUCCACAAUGAAAAGGCCGUCCAGAGAAAAACAAGACAAAAAGAUCUUCACCGAAGACAUUGACAUUUCGGACAUUUCUGGGAAGCCGGGGCCUCCACCCCCCGCCUUCCACUCUCCCCUGAUCAAGCACCCGGAGGUGAAAAGUGCCAUCGAGGGCAUCAAGUACAUCGCAGAGACCAUGAAGUCAGACCAGGAGUCCAACAACGCGGCUGAGGAGUGGAAGUAUGUUGCAAUGGUGAUGGACCACAUUCUCCUUGGAGUCUUCAUGCUCGUCUGUAUCAUCGGAACCCUGGCUGUGUUUGCAGGUCGGCUCAUUGAAUUAAAUCAGCAAGGAUGAGCAGAAAGCUGAGCUGAGCACCAGGCCCCAGCACCGGGCAGAGCAGAGAAAGGUGGGCAAACAGGAAGAUGUGUCCACUUGGAUAUAAGCUCACUGAUCAAACAUUUAAUUUUCUGUUUGCAUGAUUAACCAUAAUAAUUUACAUUUAUAAGGUUGUGGCCUCAAAGUGUUGUCACCUUGCUUCUCCCUUCAAUCUCUGUCAGCCUGGAGAGUGAACCCCUUUCAGUAAAUCAAACUGCAUCUCUACAGUAAGUUUCCACCCCAGUGUUGUCUGGAAGUUUUGCCCAGAAUAGCGGAGGUUUUCUGUUGGCUUGUUUUCCUAUUUUUAUUGAUUUAAGAAAAGAAUGUAUCCUUGGCUUAAAAGCCAGUUUUGUGCCUACUGGGAAAGCCCCACCUACCAGUCCCAGGAAGGUAAAGCAUUGGGUCUAGAGAGAAAGGAGACAGUAGACAGGCUGCCAAAAUGCAAAUCGCAUCAAGCCCCCGGUGAUAAAGUCCAUGUCUACAGCUGGUGGCCAAGGAAAGCGUUUCUAGUCUAAGGCAGCAUCUGGGUUUGAUGCUCGGGGUUUGAGGGAACACGUCCUGGUUCCCAGGCACGAGGGAAUCACCUCACAGACAAGAUUUCUUUCACCCUCAUGACUUUCGUACAGACGAGCAAACUGAACCUGAGGGAGGUUAAGUUCAUGGCCUAAACCAGUGGUUCUCAACCUUCUGGCCUUUCAGAUACAGUUCCUCAUGCUGUGACCCAACCAUACAAUUAUUUUCGUUGCUACUUCAUAACUGUAAUGUUGCUACUGUUAUGGAUCAUAAUGUAAAUAUCUGAUAUGCAGGAUGGUCUUAGGCGACCCCUGUGAAAGGGUCAUUCAACCCCCAAAGGGGUCGCGACCCACAGGUUGAGAACCGCUGUCCUAAACUAUUAAAGAGAAGAGCUGGGAUUCAAACCCAGACCAACUCUGGGUUCAAGCAGCUCCAGGCUGGUCAGUUCAUCUGUUCCUUGCCCUCCCUGCCACCCCGGCUCCAUCAAGGCCAGUGGUUCUCAACCUUCCUAAUGCCAUGACCCUUUAAUACAGUUCCUCAUGUUGUGGUGACCCCCAGCCAUAAAAUUAUUUUCGUUGCUACUUCAUAACUGUAAAUUUGCUACUGUUAUGAAUCAUAAUGUAAAUAUCUGAUAUGCAGGAUGUAUUUUCAUUGUUACAAAUUGGACAUAAUUAAAGCAUAGUGAUUAAUCACAAAAACAGUAUGUAAUUAUAUAUGUGUUUUCCGAUGGUCUUAGGCGACCCCUGUGAAAGGGUCAUGCAACCCCCAAAGGGGUCGCGACCCACAGGUUGAGAACCGCUGACCUAGGCCAUUCUGUCACUCUGGUCAGUGUCUUGAGCCCUUUAGUGUCAGUGUCCACCAUCUUUCUGCCUUCCCCAUGGAACUUCCUCCUUCCUUCCUAUCCCUUAUUCCAUGAAGAAUAUCCUUUAGCGACCUCCUAGCCACUGUAAUUCAUGCGGGACCAGAAAAUGUGCAGCCUUGGCCUUGGAUCACACCUGCCCCACAUCAGUGCCGGGUAGAGCAGGGAACUGCACUGCGGGUGGCCUGACUGAACCCGCGGGUCUGUCUACUUCUCCGCCGGGGCCCCUCCCACACACCCAGGGCAGGACUGAGUGCCUUCAUCUUUGAGUAAACUAAAGGGAAAACAGUUUGGUGGCUCCUCAAAAAACUAAACAUAGAAUUAUCAUAUGCUCCAGCGAUUCCACUCCCAAAAGAAUUGAGAGCAGGGACUUGAGCAGAUACUUGUAUGCCAAGUGUUCACGUAGCAUUAUUCACAGCAGCCAAAAGGUGGAAACAACCCAAGGGUCCAUCAGUGGAUAAGCAAAAUGUCGUCUAUACAUGCCAUGGAACGGUAUUCAGCCUUAAAGAGCAAUACAAUUCUGAUAUAUAACAUGGAUCAACCACGAAAACAUAGUAAACGAAUGCACCAGGCACAAGAGGACAAAUAUUGUAUGAUUCCACGUACAUGAGGUACCUAGGGCAGGCAAACUCAUGGAGAUAGAAAGUAGGACAGUGGUUCCCAGGGUUAGAGGAAGGGGCGAGUUACUGCUUAAGGGAUAGAGUUCCGGAAAUGGACAGUGGUGAGGGUUGCACAACCUCACGAAUGUACUUAAUGCCACUGAAUUGUAUACUGAAAGACGCCUAACGUGAUCCGUGUUGUGCUAUGAAUAUUUUACCACAAUAAAAAGUGUUGUUGUUGUUUCAAUCAUAAA